AUGUUUAAACUACCUGUCCUGCGGAGAGCACCCGCAACAACCCCAGCAGGAGGAGAGCCUCUUACAGAGAGGCUGGACGCUCUGCCAGCUCACCCGCCACCCGUCCCAGCCACCGAGACCUCGACACCCAUCUCUGCCACCGCCCCACCGGCUCUGGAUCCCCUUCCCGGGGGCACUCCGGCUCCGCGCACGCCCGCCGCCGCAGGAACCCCGCCUGUGCGAGAGGAGCGGGGGGCGCGGUGCUCGCGGUCCUGCCGGGCGGCCCCCGCUCUCCCGGCUCAGCCGAGCCGCCCCCCACCCCACGGCCAGCCAGAUGCCGGGACUACGACCCCCGCUGGGGCGGGGCGGACGGGCGCGCACCGGGGGCUGCCAGGACCCGCCCGGCCCCGCCUGUGCGCGGGUGCGGAGUUGCGGAUGCGGGGAGCGACCCGCACGGCCCCGCGCCCAACGCGAGUGAGCGCCCGGUAG